CAACAUCGGCGUUGGCUGGCAUCGAGUUUUUCUUCUGCCGAGUCGCAGAUGUAGUGGCUUCCAUGCCAUCCUCUUAGCUAUAGCUUCUUGUCAUUUGAGAAUUACCUCUACAGCGAAGAAGAAGAGAGCAAGCGAGCGAGAAACACAACAAUGGAGUCCAAGAAGAUUGACAUCGUGGCUGGAGGGAUGUUGCAAGAACUUUUCCGUCGCGAGUUGCCGAACGACCGCAACAUGUUGUCGGCGAGUGCUUUGGUGUCGCCUGCUCAGUACCGCCUGGUGGUGCAAGCCCACGAAGCCUUCCUCAAUGCUGGGGCGACAAUGAUCGUGACUAGCAACUACUACGUGACCCCGGGUGUGGGCUUCACACCCGACGAGAUCCGCGAGUACUCGCAGACUGCGGGUGAACUGGCCGUUGGCGCUUUGGCGAGAACUAACAAGCAGGACCAUGCCAAGAUCUGCGGGUCACUGCCUCCGCUUAUGUACAGCCUUCGGUCGGACCGCACGAUCCAGCGUCAAAAGGGACUGGACACGUAUUUGCUGAUCGGGGAGGCUCUGCUCCCGUCAGUUGAUAUGUUUCUAGCUGAGACCAUGUCGUCUCUGGCUGAAGCCAAAAUGGCCUUUGAAGGCGUGCAACCACUGCAGAAGCCCGUGAUGGUGUCGUUCGCACUCAACAGCACUGGCCAACUCCGCAGCGGCGAAGACGUGGUUGAGAGCGUGAAGAGUUUAAUCGAGUUCUGCACGCGUAGUACGGAGCUAUCACCAGGAGAGGUGGAAGGUAGAUCCAACCUCCUGUGCGGCAUCCUGUUCAAUUGCUCGCAACCAGAAGAUAUUGCCAAGGCGCUGAAGCAGCUGAAGGAGGAUCUAGCUGUCAUGGGGGCGCUGCAGGAGUUCAAUAUCCGCAUCGGUGGUUAUGGUGACCGUAUCUCGCCAAUGUCCAAGGCUGGUAUGAUGGAGGAGUCGCUCGUGCCUGGUGCACUGCAGUCCGUCAUGGACAUGGAGGUCUACAGCAAAUUUGCCACACGCUGGAUCGAGGAAGGCGCCACCAUUGUGGGUGGCUGCUGCGGCAUUUCACCUGAGUACCUACAGCGCAUCUCGGAAGUGCUGACGAUGUAGGACAACGCGUACGUCUAGCACCAACCUGCCAGCUUUAUAAAAAAAAACAAUCUAGGUCUAUUUCACAUUUGACAUGCU